AUGUGUUCUAUAGAAGUUAUAAAAAGUAUACACGGAGGGAAAGUAUUAAGUGUAAAUAUUUUUUUAUACAUAUUAAAUAAAAAUUAUAAAAGAAAACGCGAUGACCGAAACGUUUUUUACUGGACAUGUUCAACUAAAUGUGGAGCAAAAAUUUGUACUGUUGAAACAUCGAACGGAGAACACGAAAUCGACGAGUUUUCUACAUUUUCAGAAGAUCAGCACUCUCACGCAGCGGACCCAAUUGCUAUUGAAGCAAAAAAAAUUAAAGAAAAUAUCAAACAGCAAGCAUUAACAUCAAAUGUUGAAAAACCAAUUCAUGGUCUCUUUUGA